UUUCGUUCUGUUUAUUGAUAAUAGAACAAAGUCAAGAUUCUAGAUAAGCUAGAAAGAAACUAGAGUGCAGUAGGAUGACUUUGUAUUUUGUCUGAGAAUGUUGGAGAUGGCUAUCCUCAAAAACUAUCACCAAACUAGUCGAAUUUUGGACAUACCCUGCAAGGUAUGCGGCGACUUUUCCUCCGGAAAACACUACAACAUCUUCGCCUGUGACGGCUGUGCCGGCUUUUUCAAACGUUCAAUCCGCCGAAACCGCCAAUACGUCUGCAAAGCCAAAGACGAAGGCUCGUGCAUCAUCGACAAAACGCACCGAAACCAGUGCAGAGCUUGCCGGUUGAGGAAAUGCCAGAACGUUGGAAUGAACAAAGAUGCGGUGCAACACGAACGAGGGCCCAGAAACUCCACUCUGAGACGACAACAAAUGUCAAAUUACUACAAUGAAAGCAGAGUCAUAAUGUCGCCACCAGGAAACGUCCUGAACCUCACAAUGCCCAAAUACGAACCAAAUCCCUCCAUUAUUGACCCAGGACCAGUCCUACCCCCAACUGGGUUCUUGUGCAAUAACUAUUUACCAUUACCACAGGUACCACCACUCCCAUUACCCCCAUUAUUCGCCCCAACAAUGAUAAACCCAUCGGCAAUUUGUGAAUCAGCCGCACAACUCCUCUUCAUGAACGUCCAAUGGGUACGAAGUAUCCCAGCGUUUACUUCUUUACCCAUUUCGGACCAACUCCUCCUCCUGGAAGAGAGCUGGUUGGACUUAUUCGUCCUGGGGGCUGCCCAAUUCCUCCCCUUGAUGGAUUUCAGUGUCCUAGUGGAAGCUUGCGGUGUCUUGCAACAAGAACCCCACCGGAGAGAGGCAUUUUUGAAGGAAAUCAACGAGUUUCAAGAAACGUUGAAAAAAAUCAAUCAGUUUCAAUUGGACGCUCACGAGUUUGCUUGUUUGCGAGCUAUUGUCCUUUUUAAGACUUCUUUUGACAAACCGUCGUCGUCCUCAAACCACGAAAGAACAACGACCGAAAGUGCAAAAAUUAGUGUCAUACAAGACGAUGCACAAAUGAGACUUAACAAACACGUCGCGACAACUUAUCCCAAACAACCUCUAAGGUUUGGGAAAAUUCUUCUGUUGGUGAGUUCGACGUUUAGGACGAUUUCGGGGCGCACUAUUGAGGAUCUUUUCUUCAAAAAAGUGAUCAGGGAUACGCCUAUUGUUGCAAUUAUUUCAAACAUGUACAAAAAUCAGAUCUUAGGGAACAAUAAUGUGUGACGGGAAUUGUUUGGUUUUAUUAUUUUAUUUGCAAUAUUUUAGAUGUAGUAAACGCACUGUGAUGUAUAUAAAUAAUUAGGUGUAAGGAUAGUUAGUAGCUCUCAGUUUUGGUUGUUUUGUACAUAGUAAAUAAUACUCUCUUUUAUAGCUUUAUUAAACUAAUUACAUAAAUUAUGUAACAGUAUACAUGUAUCAAAAUAGUUUAAAAAAUUGUUCAAGAGACAAUA